AUGUGGGAUUCUGUAACUUGUUUGGUUCACAUUGUAUAUUAGCCAAUAAUUUGGACAUUUUAUUAUCUGCUUUAAUUUACUCUAACCAUUAUCUCACUGUACAUAAUCCUCCAUCUCGUAUUUCACUUUAGUGGCAGGUUAACUGCAUUUCACGCUUUUAAAUUGCUUUGUUACAAAUGUUAAUCGACCUAAAUCCGUCAAAAUCUAAAACUGUACGACAAAAGUGGCAGGCAAUGAAUGAAAUAACAGCUUUGUAGCUUUUGUUGCCUGCAGGAAAAACAAACUCGCAAACUCUAAAUAGCUGAAUAAUGAAGCUAAGAAAAAUCUUUUGAUAUCGCUCGGUCAUCUAAUCUUCCAAACAUCCGCUUCUUUUUUCAAGUUGUUAACUGAAAUAAGUCGGCCGCUUUCAGGGACUUUUAUUGACAUAUUGUUCUUUUAGCCCAAUAACAGACGAGACUUAAUCGAUAGGUUAUCCACACGAGCCCUUCAUGUCGCCGCUGCUGCCUCUAAUGGGCUUGAAAGAAUUUACUCUGAACUCGCGUUUUAACACCCGCGUCCCUUUGAUCGCUGUGGUCCGCAAAUCGCUGGCACAAGAGACUUUCGUCUAAUACCCAUGUCAUCGAGCCUCUCUCGACCGCAGUGCAUAACAAUUCAACAUUUAAAAUUUAAUUAAGGCGUAAAAAGCUUAGAUUGACACCUAGAAAGGUCAAACCCAGCGGCCGACGAUAGAAGAUUUGAUAAGCAUCUUAAUUACAUUUACAGUUAAUUGUUCUUAGCAAGUACAGGGGCACACCUUAUUAAUGGGCAAGAUUUGUGUCUCCGUCGUUUAUACAUGUGCAAUCUGACUUCGUUUUGUUUUUUUGAAUCGUCCUAGAUAGACCACUGGCUCGGUUCCUUCCUUCGCUGAGAAGGAGUGGGUUACACUUGUCGUACAUUUCCGUUAACACUUCCUAAUUGUUCUUUGCGGCCAAUCUCGCUGAUUUCCCACCGUACCAAAGGCGCGCAAUUCACCGGUAUACGUAACGGGUGUGUAAUCGUGACGCAUCAUGAUAAAAGGGUUCUCCGCGGCACGCCACUGCCAUUCAGUUCAGUGCAGUAUGGCUUUCGGGUUGAAUCUCCUGCGAGCGUUAACUCUCCUCGCGCUUCACUUGUUAUUGCCAGAUGGUCUCGCUCAGGAAAGCAGUUUUAAUCAUCAGGUAAGCCAGAAACCGGAAGAAAAGAGAGUAUUCGACUACUUUUACAAGGACCAGAAGAUGAAAAGCGACACAAAAAGUUUACCUUUUCGCAGAUUCAUUCAGUUGUAUUCGAGAAAUAGUGGCCGCCAUGUUAGGAUCAAGGCAGACAGAAGCGUAGACGCCAUCGGUGAAGACGGAGAUAAAUACGCAAAGUUGGUGAUCGAAUCAGUAAGUUUUGGGCGAGUUCGCAUCCGCGGCUCAGCGACUAACUAUUAUCUCUGUGUGGACAAGAGAGGAAGGCUGAGAGGGAGGGCGCGGGGUAAGUGGAAGGAUAACUGCUUUUUCACGGAUCGCGUCGCUGAAAACGCUUAUACAGAAUUCAGCUCCGUCAAAUACAACGACAGCCUCGUGGCCUUUACCAGAAAAGGGAGACCAAGGCAGGUGCGGAAGACAGAGAAAUCCGGAGGAGUCAAGGCUGUGCAGUUCAUAGAACGAGCAUCAAACAUCAGGCUUUACAGAGCACGAAAGUACAAGAUCAACAGGAGAAAGGGAGGCACCACAAUCGAACUUUACCGAAAAACGCAACCUUCUGAGAAGAUCACUGUGUCGUUUAAGACCUGGAAAGAAUUCAAGCGGUGGCGCAAGUUGAGAAAGAGAAUAGAUGCCUCUAAGACGAACUCUUCAAAGACCACAGCUUCGCCGAGAAAUACAACCACAACAGAGUUAAGUAGCACCCCUACGAAAGCUGUUAAGACACUAUAGAUAGAAUACUGAAAAUAAGUUAAGAAACUAAGAAAGAUCAACAUCCAAUCUUCAAUGUUAGCAGUACGUCAUCCAACAAGCACUCAUUCUGGUGAUGGUUUUUUUUUGUUUGUUUGUUUCACUUGAAGUGUUAGAAGUAGGAUCUAAAAUAAGGUCCUGAGGCCCAGGAAAAACGUCGAACUUCACAUGAGACUAAGUUCAGUUUAGUUCGUCUCAUGGGAAGUUGAACGUUUGAUCUGGACCUGCGAGUAAUCAGGAAACAGUGCAAUGGUGAACUGGGACGUCAUUUCACGCUCCGAUUGAAAAGCAUAAACUCCAAAGGAUCAUCAUAAAAAUAGUUUCAAGAACACUAAGGAGAAAUUUGAUGUUCAUCUCAGGGUUGAGGUCCUUUUGACCACAUUUUUUUUAACUUUACCAUCAGCAGACCCUUUUCAUAGAUGACUGACGUUUGAGAAUAAAAAUGAGCUUAGUCAGGCUAUUUUUAUUACUUAAAAAAAUGUUGGCGACAAAGAAUAAAAGUAACUUUUUUUUUUCUUAAACACAGUAAAUCAACUUAGUAGUUGAAUGGUUUAAUGCUAGCAGGUGUACUUUUUUGCUUUCUUUGGCCUACCACAGAAACGUCUUGAAUUUUUUUCGAGCUUCCAUUCAAAUCAGUGAAAAAUCAAUCUGGCAAGUUUUUGGUCUGGGCGAAAUCUUGAAAGAUUACAUUUGUAAAUUAGUAUUUACACCUAAAUAUAGAGUAAAUACACCUAAAACUUUACACCUAAAAUUUCGUGCGCUGUAAUUAACACCAUAAAUAACACUAUUAACUAUAACUAUGUAAAAAAUUGUAAUUGUUAAAACUUGGAUAACCAUAAAUUCUAGCUUCUUAAACAAAGCAUAAGGUAGGCAUAUUUUAGUGCCUUUAUAAAUUAAUUGGGACCACUUUGCUUUACUUGGUGCAUUUAUUUUUUAAAUUUUAAUUGCGCGUCUCAUUUUCAUAAGUAAGAGCCGAAAAAAGUCAGCAUUUCUGAAGGUUUGUGCAACAUUAACGUGAUCUUUUAAGUACCACAUAUAUAAACUGAAUAUCGAAAAAGGACAGAUAUAUGAGAGCGUAUAUAUUUAUUUAUUUAUUUCUCGUGUUAGGAAAUAAUCUUUACGGAAUUUUAUUUGUCUUUCACGCACUCAUUCAAGAAGAUAGGUUACUCAACACGAGUCCUAUGAAAAAAAAAGCUAUGAAGUUUAGAAACUUUUAUCUCUUAAAUAUAGAUGUAGAAAUGCAUGGCGAGGGAAAGGGGAGGGUGAGGAAUGUUAGGCUCAAGAAAAUGUUGAAUUAGCGAUAUCAUUUUAGUAAUAGUUGUAUUAUUAUCUUAUGUCCGAAAAAUGAACCUAAUAUAUUGUGGGCGCAUUUUGAUCAUCAGAACACUUUAGAAAACACCCCUCCAGGUCUUUUAAGACGUCUGAAACGUAACUUCACUUUCUCAGAACUUCAGCCAACCAGUAAGAGAGAGGCUCUAGAAGUCUUAAAAGGGAUUGCGUUCAAUGCCCAACCACAGUCUUCCUAAGCUCGGUGUCGAGUUGUUUGUAACUAUCAUGACAAGAGUUCUUCUAUUCGUAUUAUGAAAAUAUAUAAUUCCAGCACACUGCAAAGCUUUACGUUGGUUACGACCACAAAAUAACUCAAGAGUUCUGUUAACAUGACGCCAUGGAAGUUGCAUUUUUUGAAGUAAAAACAAAACGAACUUAAACGCAAUAGACAGCCGCAAGUACCCACGAACUGGCGGACAGCUUCAAAACAUAUUUUACAUAAGGUACUACCGUUUUAGAGAUUUGUUGAGCAGUAGCGCACUUGAGUCAUAGUUAAUAAAGGGAAAAGGUUAUAAAACCUGGCGAGGUUCUUUGUUCUAUGUUUUUGUUGGCUAUUUUGGGGGUUGACCCUGCACAAAACCUGGCAAAAUACAAAAGG